GGAUCAUUUGGAGAACUGAAGCCACGGAAGCGAGCCGAACCGUGGGUCCGUGUCUCAGCCAAUAUUUGUUUUCAUUUUUGACUUUUCCAUCCUGUAAAUUGUAUAUUUAUUUUGAACAUGGAAAUGAAAAAGAGGAUCAGUUUGGAACUGAGAAACAGGACUCCUGCUGAGGUGGCAGAGCUUGUGGUGGACAACUGCCGCUCCAGUGAUGGUGAGGUCGAGGGUCUCACUGAUGACUUCAAGGAGUUGGAGUUCCUCAGCAUGGUCAACGUGGGCCUGACCUCCCUGGCCAAGUUGCCCUCACUGCCCAAACUGCGUAAGCUGGAGCUGAGUGACAACAACAUCUCGGGUGGUCUAGAGACUCUGUCGGAGAAAUGCCCCAACCUGACGUACCUGAACCUGAGUGGGAAUAAGAUCAAAGAGCUCAGCACAGUGGAGGCUUUGCAAAACCUAAAGAACUUGAAGAGCCUGGACCUGUUCAACUGCGAGAUCACCACACUGGAGGAGUACAGGGAGAGCAUCUUCGAGCUUCUGCCUCAAGUUGUGUACCUGGAUGGCUUUGACGCGGAGGACAACGAAGCCCCAGACUCUGAGGCCGAUGAUGACGAUGAGGAUGAGGAUGGAGAGGAAGGGACAGGUCCCUUGGGUGACUAUGAUGACGAAGAUGAUGAUGAUGAGGGCUCGGAAGGUGGAGAGGUUGGGCUGUCAUACCUGACAAAAGAGGGCAUCCAGGACGAAGAUGAGGAUGAUGAUUAUGUGGAAGAAGAGGAAGAGGAGGCGGGAGAGGAGGGGGCCGGAGUCCACGGAGAGAAGAGGAAGAGGGCCGCAGAGGACGAGGGAGAGGAUGAUGAUGAUGAUGAUGAUGACUAGUCCUUCUUCCGAGGAGCUUCGGAACCCACAUCCAAGCUGUUAGAGCAACCAUGAAAAAGAGCGUGAUCUUGCAGAUUGUUUUUCUCUUUGUAUACCAUAGAUAUCACUGUAGAAGCUAAGUGUUUUCCUUUUGAUAUAUAAAAAUAUAUAUUAUAAUAUAUUAUAUAAUAUACUAUUUGAAAUAAGGAGAGGUUUAACUGAUAAGUCAUUUAUAACCAUUCCAGCUGUAAGUUCCCAACCCGAGUAGUUUGUCAGUGAGUUCAUGAUACGGGGUGGGUGUGGGUGGAGGGGUGGGGGGGUUGAGUUUGUGUUUUUAGACCAGCUUGUGGUUCAUGAGUUCAUUUUACCAGCUGCACAAAAGAUGCAGAAACAGGGAGACACAACACAAAAGAACACGACAACUCAGAAUCCUCCAGCAGGCUUUCAGCGCCGCCGUCAGUCCGGAGCUUCAACCUUUCAGAGACUUUUAUUCUGAAAGCAUCUCCAAGGACACGCCGAGCCCCGCCCCUUCACUCAUCUACCUCUGGGGGCUGCUACUCUUCCCACCCUACGGGAGUAGCGAGCCAAUCAUCCCCUGCCAUCUUUCCCCCCACUUGGGCAGAAACGGACACUUGGGAUGGAUGCUGAACCAAGUUCCUACCACCUGACAGUUACCCUGGUCUUCUCCUCAGAGCAUCUUUUGUAUAGGAUUCGCUCCGCUUGAUCCAGAAAACGCUACUCUAUGGUAGAUUAUAGUGAUGUGUUAUAACAGUAGUAGAAUUCCCAGACAAAUUACGCUGUUUCAUAAACCUACACAGGUAAAGGGCAGUAAUGUAAUGUGAGUCUAAAAGUCAUCCCACCAGAAACUCGAGGUGGAGUUUAAUUGCAUAACAAAAAAAAUGGGAGGGAUGGUUGUCCUACCUGAAAUGUCGUACCUUUAGUAGCUCAGUGUCAGGGCUAACAUGCAAGUGACGUUGUCGGCUCCUAUAUCUUUAUAGAACGGGACACAAUCUGCUCUUUGUAAAGUAAACAAAUAAACACAAACAACACCUGUUUCUGUUGAGGGGUGUUAUUCAAACUCAAUCAGAAAGCAGUUUAAUCCCAACACCUGUUCUAUUUUAACAUUGUACAAUAAGACCAUUCAAUACCAUUUUUUUAGAAUGAAAACUUGACUGCUGAUGCUUUACUAAUAAUGUUAGGUGUAAACUGCUUUGUUAUGGGAUUAGUGAUCACCCCUGGGUAAUGGAAAAAAAUGGUUAGUUUGUGAUUUUUUUCUUCUUAUUUUACAAAGUAAGAAUGAUAAUCUUUUAAUCUAUUGUUCGUAUGGCAAUAUGUAUAUAGUAUCUGUUCCAUCAGUUUUUGUGUGUAUUUUUUUUUUAAUUUUCUUGUGUUUGAAUUCAAAGCACAGGUCAGAGGGGCAAGCUUUAGACCCUGCACUCUCAGCGUCCCCUUUUCUUUUUGGUCCUUGGCUGUUGUGAGAGUUUUUGUGUUUGGCGUUUUUGUGUGCUGUAAACCUCUUCAGAGGGUGUUUUUUUGGAAUAAAAAAAUCCACCUAAAA